UCUCCUGACGCUAACUAUGCUCUCUCCUUCCCUUGCCUACCCCCCACAACCACCCCCCACACCACCCCACGAUGGGCUCCCAGGUCUCCAAGCAAGUCGAGCGCCGGAAGUCCGUCGCCGCCGAGAAGAAAAUCCUCGCCGACCUCCUCGAGUCCGCCGGCGACCAGUUCCCCGGCUCCGACUACCGCCCACCCGACCGCAAGACCUGGAUGUCGGCCCUCGGCCCCGACCGGCUCCGCGUCGACCAGAUCGUCUGGCCCGGCACCCACGACUCGGCCACCGACGAGAUCGGCGUCCGCUUCAUCUCCCGCCCCUUCGCCCAGUGCCAGUCCUGCUCCAUCUACGCCCAGCUCGCCGGCGGCGCCCGCGUCCUCGACGUCCGCGUCCAGGAGGACCGCCGCGUCUGCCACGGCGUCCUCACCACCUACUCCGUCGACGUCGUCAUCGACCACAUCAAACGCUUCAUGUCCGAAACCCAGCAUGAGAUGAUCAUCCUCGAGAUCCGCACGGAGUUCGGCCACGACGACCCCCCGGACUUCGACAAAUACCUGGUCGACAAGCUGGGCGACCUUCUGAUCCACCAGGACGACGCCGUAUUCAACAAGAGCGUCGCCGAGUUGCGAUCGGGGAGGAUUAUAUGCGUGUGGAAGCCCAGGAAGUCGCCUGCGCCGAAGCGCGGGGAUCCGCUGUGGAGCAGUGGAUAUCUGAAGGAUAAUUGGAUCGAUACGGAUCUGCCGAAUACCAAGUUCGAGAGCAAUAUGAAGCAUUUGAGCGAGCAGCAGGCGGUGACAAGGAGGAAGUAUUUUUAUAGGGUGGAGAACACGGCGACGCCGCAGGCGGACAACCCGGUGGUGUGCGUGAGGCCGGUGACGGAGAGGAUUCAUGGGUACGCAAGGCUGUUCAUAUCGCAGGCGUUCAAGAGGGGGUUUGCGGAUAGGUUGCAGGUCUUCUCCACGGAUUUCAUUGAUGGGGAUUUUGUGGAUGCAUGUGUGGGGAUGACCCAUGCAAGAAUAGAAGGAAAGGCAUGAAAUAAUAAAAAAUGUGGGGUUUUAAUUUCUUUUUUGUUAGUGUUAUUGUAAAUUGUGGGGGUUAUUAUAUAUAUGUUCUGUGUUAUUCAUCUGAAUUAGGUUGUGUUAUUGCCUUAAUCAUGAGUUUUUUUAUGUUUUCUUCU